AAACUACUUUGAUUACAGCUCAAUAUACCCUCGGCGACCGUGCCGUAUAAUACGGAAGGAAAACCCCAAGUUCAGUCUUUCUAAUCGCUCUACAGUAAGAGUAAACAUGCCUUUAGCAAAGGACCUGUUACAUCCCUCUCUAGAAGAGGAAAAGAGAAAAUGCAAACUUAAAAGGCUUGUUCAGAGUCCCAACAGCUAUUUUAUGGAUGUUAAAUGUCCAGGCUGCUACAAAAUCACAACUGUGUUUUCUCAUGCCCAGACAGUUGUUUUGUGUGUUGGAUGUUCCACAGUUUUAUGCCAGCCAACUGGAGGCAAAGCAAGGCUUACAGAAGGAUGCUCAUUUAGGAAGAAGCAGCACUAAGAUGGACAUGACUUGAAUUUGAGACUGUAUUUUCCCUAAAGCAACAAUUACAAUUGAAUAAACAAAUAUUAUCAGUCAGACCA